AUGGAUGACUACCUGAGUUUUGGUAGCGUUCAACCAAACUUGGAAAUAUUACAACAACAAAAAAUAAAACCACAAGUAAAAUCGGAUUUAAUAGGUGCAAAUUUAACAAAUCGGCAAUUGUAUUUAACAGGAUAUGGAAGACAUUGGGGAGAAAAAAUUACGUAUUCUGUGGGUCUAGCUUACGGAUCUGGCAUACUCUGUGGUGGAUCAUUCGGUCUAAUAAAGGGUGUAUCAAAGGGAGGAGCCACUCAAAAACUCUUUAUAAACUCUAUACUAAACAAUUGUGGAAAAUAUGGACCAAACGUUGGAAAUAAGGCAGCCUGCCUAACACUCCUAUAUUGCGCUUUCAAUAAUGCAUUUAAAUUCAUACGCAAUGCUGGAGAUCAUGAUGUAUAUAAUGCUCCUAUCGCUGGACUGGUUACUGGAGCAGUUUACAAAUGCAGUGGACCGUUGAUGACAUGUGCAAAAUAUUCGGCAGGUACUGGAGCAGUAUUUACUGCCAUAGACUACGCUCUGCGUAACUCGUAUAUUUAG